GAUUUGAGCUAACAGAAGAUCGUCAAAAUUUUAGCACGAUCCAAGCACAAAAGGGGGUCAGCAAAUUGAACCAAUUUUGAUCAGAGAUCGGGAACCGAGCUGACAAUAUUAUUUUCCUUUUUGCGGUAAUUUUUCAUUUUGAUUUUGGUGGGUGAAAAUUGUUUUUGUUUCCGAUCUUGUUGUUUUCCGAUAAUUCCUUCUUGGGUUUUGAUGGGUUUUCGAUUAUCUGAAGAGGGUCGAUGAGAUUUUCGAGUUUCGUUGCGGUUUUGUAAAGCAAGUUUUGGUCGAUUGGGAUAUAGCUUUUUUUCCUCCUGUUUUCCUUUUUUAAAAUUUAGUUUUAUCUGGGGAAAGUGUAUUAGAUUGGUUUCUUCUUUUUGGGGGUUUUCUUUUGGAUGAUUUCUGUUGGGAGUAGAGAUGGUAGGAAGGGGUUAAGCUCGAGGUAUGGUGUUGAAGGUGGAGAGAUGGAUUUAGAGACUGAACUUGAAGAAGGAGAGGCUUAUUUUCAGAAUAAUAAUGAUGAUGACGAUGAUUCAACAAUUGACCCUGAUGUUGCUCUCUCAUAUCUUGAUGAGAAGCUUCAGGAUGUCUUGGGACAUUUUCAGAAGGAUUUUGAAGGUGGUGUUUCAGCUGAAAAUUUGGGGGCAAAGUUUGGGGGAUACGGUUCGUUUUUGCCCACUUAUCAGCGUUCUCCUGCUUGUCCUCAUCCAAAGACGCCGCCAAAAGUUACUACCAAUACUGCCUCCGUAUUCCCGAUUGAUCUUCAAAUAGAGGGUGGUCGUCAGAAUUCGGUUUCCAUAUCAAAUGCAUCUCAAUCAACUAGACAUGGACCAGUUUCCGCUAGUGGGCCAUCCGUGCCCGCACCAAGGGGUCCACCGAUGAUCGGUAAAAUGAAACAAGAAGGACACGUGUCAUCUGCUAAGGCUGGUGACAAAUUCGCUUCUAAUGGACAGCCACCCGUUAACAACUUUGCUAACGCUUCUGACCAUAAGUCACUGAAGGUUCGUAUCAGAGUUGGCUCGGAUAACUUGACGACACGAAAAAAUGCUGAAAUCUACAGUGGACUUGGCCUUGACGUCUCUCCCUCAUCAUCAUUGGAAGCCAGUCCUGUAGAUAGUGACGAUUUUUGUCAUGUGCCUCGUGACAGUCCGUGUGAUGGAUCGCCCACUAGUAUUCUCGAGACUAUGACGUCGUUUCCGAUACUUGGAGGUCGGCUGUUAUCCCCACUUCCGGAUGAUCUUUUAUUCUUGACGGAAAAAGAAAAGUGGGAGGAUAGUAGUUGUGGCUCGGUUCAUAAGAGAAGCCAAGAAAGUUUUUUGACGGUUAAUAGGUUCGAUUCUAAAGCUGAUCGGAACAUUAUCUGUGAGAAGAAGCCAAAGUCAUCUGACGAUAAUUUUGUUUCGGUGGACCCCACAAAUGGUAACAAUGUUUGUAGUGAAAAAGAUGGUGUAACAAAGAAAGAAGUGAACAUGGAUAAUUUGUCUUGUGAAGAACUUGUUUCUAAUGCUUUAAAGCUCCCUCUUUUAUCCAAUCCAAAUGGUAAUAAUGUUUUGGAUUUCAGAAAAGGUUCCGCCUUUAAAGGUGGAUCAUCGAGUAUACCAAAAGAAGAAUCAUCGGAUCCGGUAAUGACCCACGAUGAUUCUCAUGUUGAGAAGCCGUAUAGAAAAGAUGGUCCAGUUGGAAAUGCAAAUUCUGAUGAUAAGUAUUCGGGUUUCCCUACAAAAUCUGAUUCAGAUGUUUCAAGAGGUGGUAAGAUUCUUGAUUCCGGACUAGUAAAGCCGUCAAAACCGAAGACCGCUCAGAAAGCCACGUCACGUGAAAAAGACGGUGUGAAAUUGGCUACGGGCAAGGAGACGUCAUCUUCUGGUGGAAAAAAGAAACCGAAAGGAAGCCAGAGUUUGGAAAAUGGUUUCCAAAGUGUGGAGGUCUCGAAAAGCUGUUUAAAGAAUGAUUCUUAUGCCAAAAGUAGGAACAACGCUUGUGGGUCGAAAGUGGAAGAUUUGAAGAUCAAUAACGGAAAGGUGAGAGAGACGUACAAAGAUUUUUUUGGGGAACUUGAUCCGGAACUUGAUGAAUUUGAUGACAUGGGAUUGGAGGAAAAGCCAUUUGGGGACAAGCCAAAGGACUAUAGAAUUACUGAAAAGGGUACUUUAGAAAGUAAUAAUUCAUCGAAAGAGAGACUAAAUGGAAGGAAAGGCCCGAAGCCAUCUUCGUCAGCAUAUCCGGGGGUGGGCCCACAUACAACGUUUACAACGGGAAAUGCGCCUGUUUCUGAUGCAGCUUCUGCAGUGGCUGCUGUUGAAGAUUGGGUCUGUUGUGACAAAUGUGAAAAAUGGAGGCUUCUUCCACCUGGUGUAAAUCCCGGCAGCCUUCCUGAGAAGUGGCUUUGUAGCAUGCUCGAUUGGCUGCCUGGAAUGAAUCGGUGUAGCAUCAGUCAAGAGGAGACAACGAAGGCUAUAACAUCCCGUUUUCUGGGCCCUGCUCCUAUGAUUCAAGGUUCUCAGCCCGUUCAUCCUGGCGGACCCCAAUCAGGAGCCAUGUCCAUUGAUGCUCUCCAUCUUGAUCAAAGACACCAACCUUUUGGUCCACCAAUGGGUGUAAAGAAAAAACAUGGAACGAAAGAUCCACCAAAUGAAUCGAAACCGGACAGACCCUCUUUGUCUUCUAACUCUACAAAAAAGAAUCUUCAUGCGUCAAAUAAAACGAGAAGCUUGAAUGGUGCAAACCCGUCUUCUUUUGAACUAGAAUUUCAAGAUUCUGGGCAUUCUAGUAACUUGAUUGCAGAAAAACAGAAAUUUAAGCACAAAGAGAAGAAGAAACUACGUGAAAACGUUGUGGAUGAAGGUAAUAAUGCGUAUCAAUUGAAGAUUAGGAACAAAAGAGAGACUAGUCAAGAUUAUAUAAGGGAUUCCAAGAAAGUGAAGACGGAAGACAAUCAUGGAACUGAUAAAGAUCGAACCUUUGACCAUGAUGGAGCUGUCUUUAAGGAAAUUAAAAGCUCUGUUAGUGAUAUACCUGUAGGCGUUUCAAGGAAAGACCAUCGAGAAUACGAUGAACGACCUAAAGAUUCAAAACCCGACUCAAAAGUUUUGGGUAUUAAUCUAAAAAAUCAAAACGGGAUCUUUCACAUGGUAAAACGUGAGGAAAGAGAUGUUGCCAAGAAAAGGAAAUCUAGUGAAUUUGAGGAUGCCCAAGUGAAUGUAGAAGAAAUGAGCGAGAGUGGGCAGAGGAAGGCCAAAAAAGUAAAAGUACCCGAUUCUCGGAAGGAAGAAAGAGGUAGAAAUGUGAAAGAUGAGCAAGUAAAGAGCUUGGAUAUAAUGGAUUCUUGUAAAAGAGAUGUGGCAAUGCAUGCUUCAUUGGCUGCUACUUCGAGUUCUUCGAAGGUUUCUGGUUCUCAUAAAACUAAACCGAAUAACCAGGAGGCAAAAGGGUCACCGGUGGAGUCUGUUUCUUCGUCUCCUUUGAGGAUUUCAAAUCCCGAUAAGCUCGUGUCUUCUAGAAAGAACGUUGAAGCUGUUGAUAACUGUCGAGAUGCUGUCAGUCCGAAGAAGGAUUGGGAUGAUGAUAGAGGGAGUUAUCGAUCCAGCACGUUCAAGAAGGAAGAUGUAGUGGAAUCAAUAGAGAAAGGUUUAGGUCACUUAUCGAGUAAUAACGGUAAAGCGGAAAUCAUGCCUUCUCUUGAAUUUGAAACUUUACAUGUUGGUGGGGACGGUGUUGAUGCUUUAGACCAAGGUGGGCAGUACUCUAAUGGGGUGGGUCAAGGCCAUAAUGAAGAAAGGAGGAAUAACGAUCAGUCUCACGCCACCGGCUCUCGUGCAAGGAAAAACGGGAAAGGAUCAUCUUCGAGAUCAAAAGACAAAAUUCGGAGUUCUAAAUUUGAUAUAAAGAUAUCUGAGCGUAUGAAUGAAAACACAGAUGUUCCUACUCAUGAAGAAAAAUCAAAGGGGGGACGAAACAAAUCUCAAGAGAAACUGUCCAUCAAUUCUGAUAAGUUUGAAAAGGGGUCUGUUUCAAAGAAAGAGUCCUCCGGAAAACAUUUGAGCGAGAGUGCUAAACGAGACGCCCAAUUGAAACACGGACACCAUGAUGAUGUUAUCUCAAUACCGGAUAUCAAGCAGAACCCGCCAACAGAACGUGACGGUAAAAGAUUUUCAAAGCGGGAUGUUUCUGGAAGAGGAAAGCCGCUCUCUUUGCCUCCUUCUGGUAAAGCUCAAAACGAGACCGCACGACCUCCCCAACCUAUUCUCGUUUCUCAGAAAGAAAAUGCAGGAAAUAUCGAUGCCGUUGAGGGAUCUGAUUCAGCAUCAAAAGGAUUAAAACAGAAAAAGGGAAGGGAUCCCAUUUCUCAGAAUGGAAGUCAGUCCAUGAACGUAAGGCAUCCAACCCCGAAUAGACAUAAGGGACGAGAUCAUGAUGCACCGAGUCCCCUUAGACGGGAAUCAUCCAAUCAAGCUGCAACUGCUGUAAAAGAGGCAAAAGCUCUUAAGCACAUGGCUGAUCGCCUUAAGAAUUCUGGAUCGAACCACGAGAGUAACUCGCUUUAUUUUCAAGCAGCUCUUAAGUUUCUUUAUGGAUCGUCUUUAUUAGAAUCGUGCAAUAGUGAGAGUGGCAAACAUGGUGAUAUCAUUCCGUCAAUGGGCAUGUACAGUAGCACUGCAAAACUUUGCGAGUAUGUCGCUCAUGAAUACGAGAAAUCAAAAGAGAUGGCCGCUGCAGCUCUGGCUUACAAAUUAGCCGAGGUGGCAUACUUAAAGGUGGUCUAUUCUUCACAUACCGGUGCCUCCAAAGAUCGGCAGGAGUUGCAAACGUCUCUUCAAAUAGGUCCGACAGGCGAGUCUCCUUCUUCCUCCGCCUCCGACAUCGAUAACUUGAACAACCCAGCGGCUGUUGACAAAGCCACCCUACCCAAAGGUGUUAACGACCCCCAAAAUGGCGGAAAUCAUAUAAUCGCUGCUCGAAAUAAACCCAACUUUUUGCGAAUACUUAACUUUGCACAAGAUGUCAACUUUGCAAUGGAGGCUUCAAGGAGAUCUCAAAGUGCUUUUGCAGCCUCUAAUUCACCACCCGAACAUAAAGAAGUAAUUAAACCAGCUCUCGAUUUCAACUUUCAAGAUGUCGAAGGAUUGUUACAACUGGUUCGGGUUGCAAUGGAAGUAAUUAGCAGGUGAUUAGGACAGUUUGAUGAUGUGGGAAACCUUAAUACAGAGGAAUUAACCUCUAAUCUUGGGGGUAUUUUGGGAAGAGAAAAGAUUUAUGGUGGAUUUCGUUUUCAAGAUAUCAGCAACCCCUUUUGUACAAGUGUACAUACAGUUAGUAGAGUUUGAAGUGGCAUUAGUUUCUGAUACAAAUAAAGACCCAAGAUUCAAUACUUCUGAUCAAGGCUUGAUUUUGAACAUGAUUUAACUUUUAAUAAAAAAAAGUUGCAGAUUGAAAGAUUGAUCAGAUGGUUGCCAAAAAACAAUUUGUUGUCUUUGAUUGUCAUUUGGAGAAUCAUAAUCUUGCUGAAGUGGAGGGCAGUGACUUCAAUUUUCUGUGUUUCCAGUUGAUGAUUGUGUAUAUAAUGGUGUCGGUGUUGGUGUCGGUGAGUUAGAUUACAUUCAGCAGUGACGGAAGUUGUCAAGUAAAUACUUGAUGCAGCGUUGAUGGUUUAACGGAUGAAUGGUGGGGAAAUGCGUUGAUGAUGAUGAAAGGAUUUGUAUUGCAUAUAAAGGGUCCACAAUAUGGACCUUUGGAACAGUAUAUGUAUGAGAGACACAGAUAAUAACAUUUGUAGAAUCUUAUACGUUUUUUACAUGAAAUCCUGACCAAUGUUUGUUGGCUUCGCA